UACUUUCACUACAGUCCUAUAGCGCAAACUUUGCGUAAGUCUGGAGUACUACUUCACAACUGGCGGAACUACAGCUCCCAUAAUUGUACGCUUAGUUUCUUGAAACCGCCUUUCCCUACCUUCUUCCAAAGGAGGCUAUAUUGAGGGGAGGAAAAGGGACGGAGCUGCGUGAGCACAUAGAUCACCCUUUCUGGCUGUCAACUAGCAGAACACGCAGGGACUGAGACCGGGAGUGAGAUCGGGGAAAGGGAGCGGUCCGAGUUGAACUGUAACACUGGAUCCGUAAAUAAUAAGCUGGGAAACUGCGGGAAAGCGCACUUUGAAAGGCAGCACAUACACACACACACACACAGGAGAGCUCUUCCCAGGACGUAAACUAGGCGACUUUCAUUACUGCGUGCAUGAACUCCGGCUGGCCAGGACGGUCUUCAGAGAGCCUCCAAGCAUUUCCACCUCUCAUUUAUGGAAUAUUGUCGGCAAAUCGGCCCGUGCCAGUUUGCCUUGUGCCUUUCUUGAAUGUGACCAAAGGGAAAAGAUCCUGUUUUUUCCUUUUCUUGAAAAGAAGCGCAGAGUCGGAUUUGGGUUGGGAGAGUUGGGGCUACGCUGUCAGCGGCUCCCAGAGAGAAGGGUGAUCGCAAAUUGCGGCCGCACUGCGCGGAAAACGGCGACAGCAUGAGCGGGGGAGAUGUGGUUUGCUCGGGCUGGUUGAGAAAGUCUCCGCCUGAAAAAAAGUUGCGACGUUACGCAUGGAAGAAAAGGUGGUUUGUUCUUCGAAGUGGCCGCCUCACGGGGGACCCCGAUGUGCUGGAGUACUACAAGAAUGACCACGCCAAGAAGCCCAUCCGCGUCAUCGACCUGAACCUGUGCGAGCAGGUGGAUGCCGGGCUGACCUUCAACAAGAAGGACCUGGAAAACAGCUUCAUCUUCGACAUCAAGACCAUCGACCGCAUCUUCUAUCUGGUGGCCGAUACUGAGGACGAGAUGAACAAGUGGGUUAGGCGCAUCUGCGACAUCUGCGGGUUCAACCCGACCGACGAAGAUGGCACCAAACCCUCCCAGCCUGGAGGCCUGGGAUUGGACCCUCUGCCUAAUCCGGGUCUGUCAGCCACGGCGCCCUCCCCCAUGAACAGUGUGCCACCCCCCUACCAUCCAGUGAGCAUCCGCCACCUAGAGUCCUCAUCCAGCCUGGAGGAGGCUCCCGACUACCUGCUGCUGGUCAACUGUGAGAGCAAGAAGCCCACAGCGUCCAGGCUCCAGGGCUCCUCCAGGUCUACCUCUUCCGAGACGGACUGCAACGAUAACCUCCCCUUGCACAGGCCCCUAGCAUCGUCCUUCCCCAAACAGCCAUCUUCCAAUGGCUUCUUCCCCCAGCCCAGCUUCUACGACUCGCCGCCGGCCCGCGGGUCCUCCGUGACAGCGGACACCGCCUCGUACUGUCUGCCCCGCAGCUACUCGCAGGACACGGUGCUGCAGCCACGGCCAGCAUAUUCCAUGCCUGGGCAGGACACGGACUCCCCCGCAGGCGAGCUGCAUGUCCUCGGGGCGCCACCUCGCAAGACGUCAGUGGAGAGCCAGCUACGGCACAUCUCCAUCAGUUACGACGUCCCGUCCGCGUCCAGCUCUGCCCGUCAGGCCCACGGGGCGUUCUCCGGCCAGGUGGACGUCCCCCCUCCACGCCCCCCCAAGCCCUCGCUAGCCACCGCCUCAGAGCGCUCCCCCACGGACACGUGCUACAUGCCGCGCUCGGUGUCAGAGAGUGACGGUAACUACUGCGUCCCGACCAGCACAGGGGCCAAGGCGCCGCGUAGUAACACCAUUGGCACCAUGGACCUUUCAGGCCUCCGGAAAGAUUUCGGAUCUCAGGACUGCUACGACGUCCCGCGCCCUGUCAGCACAGACAGAAGCAGCUCAUUUGAGUUCAAUGAUAAUUUCGGCAACUAUUUAAGAAACAAGGGCAUGAUUCCGGUGGGACCCACGGCUGGAUCCACCGAAGAGAUGGAUGAGAAUUACGUGCAGAUGAGCAACUCGCCACGCCACGGGCGAUCGGGGAGUCUGUCCGAAGGGACGCAGGAGCCCAACUACGUGCCCAUGACACCCGGAAGCGUGGAGUUCUCCUCGCUGGGCAAGCAGGUCCCCCCGCCAGCACACAUGGGAUUCCGCUACAGCCCCAAGACCCCACCGCGGAGGGCCGCCCCCGUCGGCGAAUGCCAGCCUCCUCCCAUUGACCGCAACCUCAAACCUGACCGCAAAGGUCAGAGUCCUAAAAUAUUAAGAGCUAAACCAUUUGGUUUAGAGCGAACUGAUUCACAAACCGUAGGCGAAUUCCGAAGACGACUGAAGGUUAAACCAGCCCCUCUGGAGAUCAAGCCCCUGCCGGAGUGGGAAGAGCUGCCGGCCCCUGUGCGUUCCCCAGUGACCCGCUCCUUUGCUCGGGAUCACCCCAGGUUCCCUAUGCCUCCGAGACCUGAAUCAGUACAAAGCAUCACCUCCAGCACCGACUCCGAUGACUACGAUGAGAAUUACGUGGCCAUGACCACCUCCAACACAACAGCAGAUGAAUCACUCGCCUCUUCCUCGCAGAGCCUGAAGGUCGGUGCUCAGAUGAACGCAGAUGGGGGUGGCAGCCCGAUGGUGAAGCCUAAAAGGGACAGACAGGUGGAAUAUCUCGACCUGGACUUGGACCCAGGAAAAUCAACUCCGCCGCGAAAGAAGACGAGUAACGGCACUGGAAGCGCGGCCUCUGAUGAGCGGGUGGACUACGUGGUGGUGGACCAGCAGAGGACGCAAGCACUGAAGAAUACCAAAGAAGCCUGGAACGGAGGGAGGCAGUCCACAGACACUGACACUCCACCGAAGGGACCAAAGUGAGCCAUGGAGCGGCAUCUUUGUGGAUUACUGAUCACCAGGAGGCUCCAGGAGGUCCAUCUGCAUGCACAGAACUUAUUGUGAGGCACUCUGGAGUCAACAAGGUCUCCUACUCUGCUUGGUUAUCUGAGGCUUGUUGUGAAGCUUCUGCAGUAAGUCCAGAGCAGGACCGGUGGAAACCCCUGUGCUCUCCUUAUGGUGUCCUUAUGCUCUCGAGCAUUUCUGCAGCAGACUGGGUAUCGUAGUCCUGUUCUGUAUCUUUCAAAAGACUCGAUAUGGACCAAGCAAUUCAGUCAGGCUGCCUUGCGUGUCUUCUAAAAAACAUCUUUACUCACUCUCACUUCCUUCUGUAAUUGUGUUAAAGCUGUUAAAAUGUUCCACAGUGUCAUCUCAAAAAUGGAAAUCAAUAUUUAGAAUUUUCACAUUCAUUUAUCAUCAUCUAAUUUUUUUUCCAGUUCAAGUCUAAAAGUGCAAUCAGAUGUUCUCGAAAAUGAAAUAUGUAGGCUUGAAAUGACAACUUUCUUUCCCACGCUAACUCUGUGACUUUUGUGCAAAGCAGAAUGCAAAUAACGUGGUUAAAAAGUACGAAUGUGCGCGAGGCGUGUGGGCUGCACAUGUGCCGAAUGCAGUGUGUGACGGCUCAGCUAUGGAGUUUGCUUGUGAAUUCCCAUUCCUGGCAGGACGGCGCUAUCAGGCUAAUUAUCAGGCUAAUUAUCAGGCUAAUUAAUCCAUCUAGAAAAUGGUGGAAUCAACAACUGUGACUACCUUCAAACAGUAGGUUUGUAAGCUUUCUCCUACUUAUGCAAUGUUUCAAAGAAGAAAAUCAGGUACUCAAUCAAUUUCUAAUUUCCGCAGAAACAAGCUUCUGCAGCCCUCUUCCUACAGGUAGAACGACCUUUCCAAUAUCAAACACGCCCUUGCUUAAAAAGCAACUUUGCUGUAAAAGAUACCUUCCAAACAAGAGCUAAAUGUUUUCUAAUUUUUUUACUGGGAUUUUUUUUUUAUGAUUUUCAAUUCCCCCUUUUAUAUUCUGCCACAGUUUCACUUGGACUGUAAUUUAUUUUACCAACAGAAUUCCAGUUUUUUCUGGAAUCUUACAGACUGCCUUACUAAGCUCAAUGUCUUCUGUAAAUAUGAUCAAUGCUGCCUUUUAGGAUUGCCCUCUCUGACCUUUUUAAGUAUUUGUGAAUUUUACUCUUCAAAAGUAUUUUAGCUUUACUAACCUGGCCAUUAUGACUUGAGGCAUGAUGUAUGUCUGCUUUCACAGGUUGGUAUUGUAUUCACUGGCCCUCUUCUACAGCAUGUCCAGAGCAGUGCCUUGAUGUUUUUUAGCCUUUCUUCCCCCUCAGACUAUUCCUCUGUCAGAAAAUUCUUUUUUGAAAGACAACUAAAAAAAUCAACACUAAAAUUUGUUUGGAAACAUGUACAUUUUAAAGUGUGCGAAAUAAAAGCAGAUCGUUAUGCAUUA